AGGGCUGAAUGGGCGCGAUCGCGGCGCCGGGGGAGGGCUUGGGCUCGGGGCCCCGGGCUGGCGGCUAGCCAGCGCUUCCUCCCUAGCAUGCGCACGGAGGCGGCGGGCGGCGCGGAGCGUUGGCCCCAGAAGCCGCGAAGCCAAGCAGCGGCACCUGCCUGCCGAGCAAUACCAAAUGAGUUCGCCUCUGUAAAGCCGAGAAGUGAUUGCUGCAGGCCGUCCCUGCAAUGGUGCACCGGAACCCAGCACAAGAUGGGAAGACCCAGCUUACUAUUAAAAUACAUCCUCAAGUGUACGUUGGUUCUGUUUGGAGUGUGGCUCCUGUACAUCCUCAAGUUAAAUUUCACUGUUGAAGAAUGUGACAUGAGAAGAAUGCAUUAUGUGGGCCCUGACCACGUAAAGAGAGCGCAGAGAUAUGCUCAGCAAGUCUUACAGAAGGAAUGUCGGCCCAGGUUCGCGAAGACAGCCAUGGCUCUGUUGUUUGAGCACAGGUACAGCAUGAACUUGGAGCCUUUUGUGCAGAAGGCGCCUAGGGCCAGUGAAGCCGAGCUCAAGUAUGACCCUCCGUUUGGAUUCCGGAAGCUCUCCAGUACCGUCCAGAGCCUCUUGGAUCUGCUGCCUGAGCAUGACGUCCCCGAGCACUUGCGAGCCAAGCACUGCAAGCGCUGUGUGGUUGUUGGGAAUGGGGGCAUCCUCCGUGGACUAGAGCUGGGCCACGCCCUCAACCAGUUCGAUGUGGUGAUAAGGUUAAACAGUGCACCAGUUGAGGGCUAUUCUGAACAUGUUGGAAAUAAAACUACUAUAAGAAUGACUUACCCAGAGGGAGCACCACUGUCGGAUGCUGAAUACUACUCGAAUGACUUGUUUGUUACUGUUUUAUUUAAGAGUGUUGAUUUCAAGUGGCUUCAAGCAAUGAUAAAAAACGAAACCCUGCCAUUUUGGGUUCGGCUCUUCUUUUGGAAGCAAGUGACAAGAAAAAUCCCACUCCAGCCGAAACACUUCAGGAUUUUGAACCCAGUUAUCAUCCAAGAAACUGCCUUCGACAUCCUCCAGUACACAGAGCCUCAGUGGAGAUUCUGGGGUUCAGAUAAGAACAUCCCCACGAUCGGUGUCAUUGCGGUGGUCUUAGCCACACACCUGUGUGAUGAAGUCAGCCUGGCAGGCUUCGGAUAUGACCUCAGCCGACCCAGGACUCCUCUGCACUACUUUGACAGUCAGUGCAUGAGCGCCAUGAACUUGCAAAUCAUGCACAACGUGACCACAGAGACCAAGUUCCUCCUGCGGCUGAUCAAGGAGGGUGUGGUGAAGGACCUCAGUGGGGGCGUCCAGCGUGAAUUUUGAGCACAGCGAGCCUUACUUAAAAAUGCAGC